AUGGCGACCCAAGGUAGCGAUGCAGUGGAGGUCAAGCUGUUCGGGAAGUGGAGCUUUGAGGAGGUGGAGGUGACGGACAUUUCUCUGGAGGACUACAUCGCGGUGAAGCCCAAGUUCGCCGUGUAUGUGCCCCACACGGCCGGCCGCUACCAGAAGCGGCGCUUCCGCAAGGCUCUGUGCCCGAUCGUGGAGAGGCUGACCAACUCCAUCAUGAUGCACGGCCGCAACAACGGCAAGAAGCUCAUGGCGCGUGGUAGCAUGGCUGACCCUGACCUGAUCGGUAGCGACGAUGCGCGCUGGAGCCUGCCGCAGACGCUGAAAGAGACGGCGGAGACAGCGUGGCCGGGCCGUGCAGCUGUGCGCAUCGUCAGCCACGCGUUUGACAUCAUCCACCUGCUGUCGGACCAGAACCCCAUCCAGGUGCUGGUGGACGCCAUCAUCAACAGCGGCCCCCGCGAGGACGCCACCCGUAUCGGCUCUGCGGGUGUGGUGCGCAGGCAGGCGGUGGAUAUCUCGCCCCUGCGCCGCGUGAACUCGGCGAUUUGGCUGCUGACCACGGGCGCGCGCGAGGCGGCGUUCCGCAACGUGAAGACCAUCGCCGAGUGCCUGGCCGACGAGCUGAUCAACGCGGCCAAGGGCUCCAGCAACUCGUACGCCAUCAAGAAGAAGGACGAGCUGGAGAGGGUGGCCAAGGCCAACCGCUAA